AACAGUUCUCUUUUGGUUCUGGGCAGGUGUAUUUCUGCUGUGCGAAAUAUGCAAAAACAGAAUGAUAACAAAUUAGUACCUUUCAGGGAAUCGAAACUGACUCAGUUGUUUCAAAGGGCAUUAAAUGGCACUGAAGAUAUAUCAAUGAUUGUUAAUAUAAGUGCCUCUAGAGAUAUGUUUGACGAAACUCAGCAUGUCCUUAACUUCGCCGCUAUUGCCAGGGACAUAAUCAUCGAACAAAAGCCAGAACCGAUCUUUAAGAAAAAAAACCGCUUUUCGCAACUAGUUGAACAAAGUUCAGAUGAUACUUUCAGUUCCCAUAGCAGAGAAGAUUUAAAAAAUGCCAUCCGUCACUUGACAGAUGAGCUAGAGACUCAAAAAAGUGAGUAUGAGACAGAGUAUCAGGCACAUAUUCAGAUGAUAAGAGAGAAAUACGAACAAGCUCUAGACGAUUUAGAAGAAAAUGCUAAGAUAAGAAUUAAAAAAGCUGAAAGUGCAGUGAGAAUGAUGUAUGAAACGAAACUAGAGGCUAUGAGAACAAAAUAUGAAAAACUGAUUGAAGAAAUAGAAAUACAAAAUGAUGCAGACCAACAACUAGAAGAAAGGCAAAUUGAUGUAAUCGAAAUUCCAAGUUCAGAUGAUGAAGAUGAAGAAUGUUGGAAAACUGAAAAAGAGAGUUAUAUAAAAGAGAUCAAAGAGUUAAGGUCCACUUUAGCUGAAGGAGUCAGCGACUAUAAAGAGCUCCACAAAAAAUACGUGCUACUUGAAAAAGAAAACGCUCGACUUCGGGGCAGAUGCUUAGAAUUAGAAAAUGAAAUCGAGCUUGGAUUUCAACCUACGCAGAAAAUAUUUUGCGAGUCGGAAUCUGAUGAUGAGAAUGUGGAAGAUUACAGAUUAUUAGUCUAUGAUGAAUUUGAAGGGAAAUGAGUGUCCAAAUCUCCUUAAGUGUUCUAUUUCUUCAAUCAGUUUUUCAUAUUUUGUUCUCAUAGCCUCUAGUUUCGUUUCAUACAUCAUUCUCACUGCACUUUCAGCUUUUUUAAUUCUUAUCUUAGCAUUUUCUUCUAAAUCGUCUAGAGCUUGUUCGUAUUUCUCUCUUAUCAUCUGAAUAUGUGCCUGAUACUCUGUCUCAUACUCACUUUUUUGAGUCUCUAGCUCAUCUGUCAAGUGACGGAUGGCAUUUUUUAAAUCUUCUCUGCUAUGGGAACUGAAAGUAUCAUCUGAACUUUGUUCAACUAGUUGCGAAAAGCGGUUUUUUUUUUCUUAAAGAUCGGUUCUGGCUUUUAUUCGAUGAUUAUGUCCCUGGCAAUAGCGGCGAAGUUAAGGACAUGCUGAGUUUCGUCAAACAUAUCUCUAGAGGCACUUAUAUUAACAAUCAUUGAUAUAUCUUCAGUGCCAUUUAAUGCCCUUUGAAACAACUGAAUAUUUUAACUUGAAUCAAACAUAUUUAUUUACAGAAAAUCCUUUUUCUGUAAAUAAAUAUGUUUGAUUCAA